AUGAGCGACGACAGCAACGCUGACAACAAGAGUAUGUUCAACCUGGAGCGGUUUAGCCUUUUCCUGGCGUCCAACUUGGCGGGUGGAUCCAAGCAACUAGAAGAUUGUCUCGAUUUGUCCAUCAGUAACUUGCCACCUCCUGCAGAAACCGCGACCAAUACCAAUGCUUCCACUGUCUCCUUCCCAGUCUACUGGAGAUCUCCGCUCUUGCAUCCUGGGAAUUCCUCUUGUUUCUUUCAGGAAUCCAAAAUUGAUGAUUCAGUGCCUGAUUUGUCGUCUCGAGACCAACAAGAAAUGGACCUGAUCUACUUGGAUGUCACGGUGCUGUUUCGGACUCAAUUUUCUUCCGAUGGGAAUGAUGCAAAUGAUGAUGACAACCACAAUGGCAAAGAAAACGCACUAAAUUCAUCCAUAUCAGUGGUUUUUGGAGCAUUUCUACGGCAAACCAAGAACAGUGACAAUGAUUCCAAUGACAGUGCUUUCUACCAUUACAUCCAAGGUCCUGCUGUGAAAACCGAGUCUUUGGAUGAUCAUGUGAGUGAGCAUGGCAUUUCACUGGAGGACACUGCUCCCCUCCCCAUUGCCAAUCCCAUGUGGCGUGCCUUGAAACGGCUUUCAUCAGGCACUCUGGCUAAAAUCACUAAACAGUCAGAAUCCGGAAUGCUACACGAAAUUCGAGUCCCUCUUUUCUAUGAAGACGACGAUAAUGAGGUACUCACAGGACCUUCCUACUUGACAAUCUCCAAUCGCAGUGGCCCCAGCAGCCCAUUGAGUUCUCCUGUUGCCUCCACCAUGAUAUGCAGUAUUCUUUCUCAUGACCAAUCCAAACAAGUGGACAAAAAGAACAAGAAACCAAAUGACGGGGAGCAAUCCAAGAUCGAAAAGGAACCAAUGCUGAGCAAAAAGAAUGUCAACAAGCUGCUUUCUAAAUAUGGCGAAUGGAAAGACAAAACGGCAACGUGGCUCCAAGAUGUCAACGCAGCCAGACAACAACAUAAAAGAGCCAGCAUGGAGAAUGACAACGAGGCAAACAAUAAGAAAGACGCCUCUCCUGCCAAGGGCGCAGCGUCACAGCAGUCACCAUCAUCAAAGCCGCCCAAACCAAGCCCCAAGGAAUCCAAACAGAAACCUUCCGAUGGCAAUGACAAAUCCAAGAAAAAGCGCCCAAAUGCAAGGUAUGGAGUACAGCGCAUUGGAGGAAGGGGAGGGAACAAAAAGAAGAAGCAAAAGACUGCUUCCUUUGCUGCUCUGGCCAAGAAGGAUUGA